AUGACUGAGGAAGCCUGUGCAUGGAUGAUGAUGAUAAUUAAUGAUUCCAGCAUGCCUACGUAUGAUGAUGUUGAUGUUAAGUGCAGUUUGCCUACGUAUGAUGAUGUUGAUGUUAAGUGCAGCUUGCGUGCGUAUGAUGAUUGCGAUGUUGAUGUUAAGUGCAGCUUGCCUACGUAUGAUGAUGUUGAUGUUAAGUGCAGCUUGCGUGCGUAUGAUGAUGUUGAUGUUAAGUGCAGCUUGCCUACGUAUGAUGAUGUUGAUGUUAAGUGCAGUUUGCCUACGUAUGAUGAUGUUGAUGUUAAGUGCAGCUUGCCUACGUAUGAUGAUGUUGAUGUUAAAUGCAGCUUGCCUACGUAUGAUGAUGUUGAUGUUAAGUGCAGUUUGCCUACGUAUGAUGAUGUUGAUGUUAAGUGCAGCUUGCCUACGUAUGAUGAUGUUGAUGUUAAGUGCAGCUUGCCUACGUAUGAUGAUGUUGAUGUUAAGUGCAGCUUGCCUACGUAUGAUGAUUGCGAUGUUGAUGUUAAGUGCAGUUUGCCUACGUAUGAUGAUGUUGAUGUUAAGUGCAGCUUGCCUACGUAUGAUGAUGUUGAUGUUAAAUGCAGUUUGCCUACGUAUGAUGAUGUUGAUGUUAAGUGCAGCUUGCCUACGUAUGAUGAUGUUGAUGUUAAGUGCAGCUUGCCUACGUAUGAUGAUGUUGAUGUUAAGUGCAGCUUGCCUACGUAUGAUGAUGUUGAUGUUAAGUGCAGCUUGCCUACGUAUGAUGAUGUUGAUGUUAAAUGCAGCUUGCGUGCGUAUGAUGAUUGCGAUGUUGAUGUUAAGUGCAGUUUGCCUACGUAUGAUGAUGUUGAUGUUAAGUGCAGCUUGCGUGCGUAUGAUGAUGUUGAUGUUAAGUGCAGCUUGCGUGCGUAUGAUGAUGUUGAUGUUAAAUGCAGUUUGCCUGCGUAUGAUGAUUGCGAUGUUGAUGUUAAGUGCAGCUUGCCUACGUAUGAUGAUGUUGAUGUUAAGUGCAGUUUGCCUGCGUAUGAUGAUUGCGAUGUUGAUGUUAAGUGCAGUUUGCCUACGUAUGAUGAUGUUGAUGUUAAGUGCAGCUUGCGUGCGUAUGAUGAUUGCGAUGUUGAUGUUAAGUGCAGUUUGCCUACGUAUGAUGAUGUUGAUGUUAAGUGCAGCUUGCGUGCGUAUGAUGAUGUUGAUGUUAAGUGCAGUUUGCCUGCGUAUGAUGAUUGCGAUGUUGAUGUUAAGUGCAGCUUGCGUGCGUAUGAUGAUGUUGAUGUUAAGUGCAGCUUGCCUACGUAUGAUGAUGUUGAUGUUAAGUGCAGUUUGCCUACGUAUGAUGAUGUUGAUGUUAAGUGCAGCUUGCCUACGUAUGAUGAUGUUGAUGUUAAGUGCAGCUUGCCUACGUAUGAUGAUGUUGAUGUUAAGUGCAGCUUGCCUACGUAUGAUGAUGUUGAUGUUAAAUGCAGCUUGCCUACGUAUGAUGAUGUUGAUGUUAAGUGCAGCUUGCGUGCGUAUGAUGAUGUUGAUGUUAAGUGCAGCUUGCCUACGUAUGAUGAUGUUGAUGUUAAGUGCAGCUUGCCUACGUAUGAUGAUGUUGAUGUUAAAUGCAGCUUGCCUACGUAUGAUGAUGUUGAUGUUAAGUGCAGUUUGCGUGCGUAUGAUGAUGUUGAUGUUAAGUGCAGCUUGCGUGCGUAUGAUGUUUGCGAUUGCGAUGUUUAG